GGGUAGGUCGUAGAUGAAUGUGAAGAUCUUGCAGUCAACGUUUCUCUGCUGUCCUCAAAAGUGUAAUCCAGAGCCCCGUUUGCGGAUCAAUAGUUCCUCUCAACUUCGAAAAUGGAUCCAUCAGAGAAAGAAGGACUCGUUGUAGAAGAAUCUGCCCACGUUUCAAACCAGACCAAAGCUGAAACCUGCAAGAAAAACAACAUUUUGUCGGUCUUCAUCGAGCCGAUUCAAUGGAUACAGAUGCUAUCUUCUCAGCUGAAUCCAAGUUUCAUCAUUGGGAUAGUUCUAGUCUACGGCCUCAACUUAGGUUUCUCCGGGUCGUUCUUCAAAGUGGUCACGGAUUACUAUUGGAAAGAUGUUCAGAAAGUCCAGCCCUCGGUGGUUCAACUCUACAUUGGUUUGUACUAUAUUCCAUGGAUCAUGAAACCUAUUUGGGGUUUACUCACUGAUGUUUUUCCGAUAAGGGGAUAUAGGAGAAGACCAUACUUUGUGGUUGCUGGUGUUCUUGGCGGUGCUUCUGCUCUGAUGGUUGCUGUUAUUGGUAACUUGCCGGCUGCUGUGGCAUUGGCUUGCUUGAUUGGGGUUGCAGCAGGCAUGGCUAUAGCAGAUGUGACAAUUGAUGCGUGUAUUGCUAGGAACAGUAUCGAGGUCCGAUCUUUGGCUCCCGACAUGCAGAGCCUUUGUGGGUUUUGCUCCUCUGCUGGGGCUUUAAUUGGUUACUCCACCAGUGGAUUUUUCGUUCACUAUCUCGGACCUCAGGGAGCUUUAAUUCUUUUGGCAAUGCCACCAGUUUUCAUCACAGUGUUAGGAUUCGUGAUUUAUGAAAUGAGAUCGUCCGGCCUUAAUUAUGAGAAGCAGAAGACAAUGGAAAACUUAGGGGUGGCCAUAAGGGGAAUGUAUCAGACAAUCAAGUUCCCUCAAGUGUGGAAGCCAUCGCUCUACAUGUACCUCUCUUUGGCUCUCAGUAUCAGUACUCAUGAAGGCCAGUUUUAUUGGUACACUGAUCCUAAAGCUGGUCCUGCAUUUUCUCAGGAAUUUGUUGGGAUCAUAUAUGCAAUCGGUGCAAUGGCUUCAAUGGUGGGGGUUCUGAUCUAUCACAAGACGCUCAAAGACCUUCCAUUCAGAAACCUACUCUUUUUAGCUCAACUCCUUUACGGCACAUCCGGAAUGCUCGAUCUGAUCUUCAUUCUUCGAUGGAACUUGGCGGUCGGAAUUCCAGAUUACUUCUUUGUCAUCACAGAGGAAUGCGUCUCGCGUAUUAUAAGCAGAAUACGGUGGAUUCCCAUGAUGGUACUAAGCACAAGGCUUUGCCCUAUAGGCAUCGAAGGCACAUUUUUUGCAUUGUUAAUGUGCAUCGAUAGCCUUGGUUCCUUGACAUCCAAAUGGGGUGGAGGAAUGGUUCUUCACAUGUUCCAUGUCACUAGGACAGAUUUUAGAAACCUGUGGUUGGUUAUUCUCAUUAGAAACAUUCUGAGAAUUGCAACUCUGGGUUUGAUUUUUCUUGUACCCAAGGCUGACCAAUCGGAUGCUUUGAUUCCUCCCGACAUUUUGACAAAAAAUUCAACUGUCGCACCGGAUGAUGAGGGCUUGGAACUUGUACCAGAGAAUGAGAAAGUUGAAGUCUAGUGCUUCCAACUAAUCGGCAAUGGAUUCAAGAUCAUUAGGGACACUCAUG